AUGGAGAAACUCAAGUGCGGGCCCGUGGUCGAGAUGCGGGGUGGAGACAUGGCACGCGUCGUCUGGGACCAGGUCUGGGAGAGGCUCGUCGAGAAGUACGUGGACGCCGACCUGAGGUCUUUCGAUCUGUCAAUCGAACAUCGCAACCAGACCAACGACACGGUCACCCUGAAUGCCGCCCAGGCGCUCAAGGACGUUCUCGAGAAGUACCACUUGAAGCGCACGUGGAUGUCACCCAACGGCGUCAUUCGCAACGCCCUCGGUGGUGACGUGUUCCAGAAGUCCAUCGCCUGCCGCAACAUCCCUCCGCUCGUGAAGCAGUGGCGCAGGUCCAUCAUCAUCGCGCGCCACGCGUUCGGCGUCCAGUACAACAGCCAGGACUUCGUGGUCCCCGGACCCGGCACGCUCCAGAUCAAGUACUCACCCUCCAUCGGAGCUCCCUACAACCGUGACGUAAGUGCCGGCAAAUUUAAUACGUAG